AUGGUACUGAAUGGUAAACGUGUGCUCACCGUAGUAUCAGGAGCCUCACGAGGUAUCGGCAAAGAAAUCGCUGUUCAAGUGUCGAAACGGGUUGCGCCAAACUCAGUCUUUCUACUCACGGCUCGUAACGAAGCUACCUUAUUACAAAUCAAGCAGGGUAUUCUCGACAGCUCAGAAAAAGCUCAAGUAUGGAUAGUUGUCUGUGAUAUGGGAUCAUUUAACGACGAUGCGAUUAACACUUUCAAAGAGGUUCUCGAAGAGAUUAAAGAAACGGGUCCAUUCGACAGCGCUUUCAUCUUCCACAACUGUGGUACCGUUGGCGAUGUGUCGAAACGAAGUACAGAGUUGAGUAAUCCGGAACAAUGGCAGAACUUCCUCAGUGUGAAUCUCGUCGCUAUGGUUCAAUUCAACAAUCUAUUAUUGAAUACAAUAACUAAAGAGGUUGCAAAAGAAAGAUUCGUUGUAAAUAUCACAUCUCUGGUCGCAAUUCAAGGAUUCCCGUCGUUAACGCAGUAUUCCGUGGGAAAAGCAGCCCGUGAGGCAUUCUUCCGUGGUCUGGCAGUUGAGGAUCAGACCGUGAAAGUGUUCAACUACGCUCCAGGUCCCGUCGAUACAGCGAUGCACGAUGUGGUCGCGAAACAGUCAUUCGACGAAGGAAUACGAGCUGUCUUUUCACAGAAUACCUCACUUACACAUGAUGCUCACCGUUCAUGCUUGACUCCGACGCAAACGGUCGAAAAAAUGCUCAAACAACCUUGA